UGCUGAGCCGCUAGUUCAGUAUCUGCUACACCAGAUUGUUCAUUAGUAGGUUCUGUCUCUAUGGGGGAUGUAUCUAUGUUUGUACUGAUUAUAUGCAUAAACAUACAGUUAGAUGUGCCUACAUAAUAAUACAGAUAUUUCUGCACAAUCUCAGUUCACACCCUGGAAGGUGAAGAAGAGGAGGAGAAAAUCUUUAAAGAUGAAGCCAAUUGAUGAGGGGACAGAGACGGAGUAUGGGCUGCUGAAUUUAACCAUCUCUGGCUACGACAUGAACCUCAUUUCUAGAUAUGCCCAGUACGCCCAUCACCUCUGCAACCGCCUCCGGGUUCACGUCUGCCGAAGUUAUGCUUUGCCAACAAAGACCACAGAGAUCUUGGUAACAAAGGACCACAGCACUAAGAUGGUGGUGGAUGCUGUCCUUAAGACCCACUUUCGUGUCAUUCAAAUCAAGGGCUUGAGUGCCACCAUUUGUCCUGUUUUUUUUGAAGUCCUGCUGAAAAACCAGCCAGAGGGAGUUGAUCUGUUGGUGAAGGAGCACACAGAGGCUGAUUUCAGGGCACGCUUCAAAUCUCGCCCGGAGAUGGAGGAGCUCCUAGCAAAGCUGAACGGCUAACUGUCAUAGCCUGCUGCCCAAAGCUUGCCAAUGUAGUCUCCCAUUUUCCUGGUCUGAAGCAAGUAAAUACAUUUAAUAAAAGUAUGUUAUUAAGAA